CAAGGGGGAGGAGACGAAGGCCAUCACAGCUCUGCUACGCCUGUCGCGGUAAGGUGUUUGUGGAGAUUUUCUCUCCAAAUUCAUCUAAUUUUAACUCCAGAAGGCACGUUAAUUCGUUCGGAGAAUCGACAAUUUGGAUCCAAGAUGACGGACUCCAAGUACUUCACCACUACCAAGAAAGGGGAGAUCUUUGAGCUCAAGGCGGAGCUAAACAGUGAUAAGAAAGAGAAGAAGAAGGAGGCUGUGAAGAAGGUCAUUGCAUCCAUGACAGUUGGCAAGGAUGUCAGUGCUCUCUUCCCAGAUGUUGUGAACUGCAUGCAGACAGACAACCUGGAACUGAAAAAGCUGGUCUACCUCUACCUGAUGAACUAUGCCAAGAGUCAGCCCGACAUGGCUAUCAUGGCUGUUAACACCUUUGUAAAGGACUGUGAAGACCCUAACCCUCUAAUCCGGGCCCUCGCUGUUCGCACAAUGGGCUGCAUCCGUGUGGACAAGAUCACCGAGUACCUCUGUGAGCCCCUGAGGAAAUGUCUGAAGGAUGAAGACCCGUAUGUGAGGAAGACAGCCGCUGUGUGUGUAGCGAAGCUCCAUGACAUCAACGCCCAGUUGGUGGAGGACCAAGGCUUCCUGGACACCCUUAAAGACCUCAUCUCUGACUCCAACCCCAUGGUUGUAGCGAACGCAGUGGCAGCGCUGUCUGAGAUAGCAGAGUCUCACCCCAACAGUAAUCUACUGGACCUGAACCCUCAGACCAUCAACAAGCUGCUGACUGCUUUAAAUGAGUGCACAGAGUGGGGACAGAUAUUCAUUCUUGACUGCCUGGCCAAUUACACACCUCGUGAUGACCGCGAGUCCCAAAGCAUCUGUGAGCGUGUGACCCCACGGCUCUCCCACGCCAACUCUGCAGUGGUGUUGUCGGCUGUUAAAGUUUUAAUGAAGUUCAUGGAGAUGCUGCCCAAAGACUUGGACUACUAUGGCACCCUGCUUAAGAAGCUCGCCCCUCCACUGGUCACUCUCCUCUCUGCUGAGCCUGAGCUGCAAUAUGUGGCUCUCAGAAACAUCAAUCUCAUAGUACAGAGACGGCCGGAGAUCCUGAAACACGAAAUGAAGGUCUUCUUUGUAAAGUACAACGACCCAAUCUAUGUCAAACUGGAGAAGCUGGACAUCAUGAUUCGUCUAGCAUCUCAAGCCAACAUCGCCCAGGUCCUGGCUGAGCUGAAGGAGUACGCCACUGAGGUGGACGUGGACUUUGUACGCAAAGCGGUCCGAGCCAUUGGCCGCUGUGCCAUCAAAGUAGAGCAAUCAGCCGAGCGCUGUGUCAGCACACUGCUGGACCUCAUCCAAACCAAGGUUAACUACGUGGUGCAGGAGGCCAUUGUGGUUAUCAAGGACAUCUUUCGCAAGUACCCCAACAAGUAUGAGAGCGUUAUUGCCACUCUGUGUGAAAACCUGGACUCCCUGGAUGAGCCGGAGGCACGUGCCGCCAUGAUCUGGAUUGUUGGCGAGUAUGCCGAGCGCAUCGACAACGCUGAUGAGUUGCUGGAGAGCUUUUUGGAGGGUUUCCAUGAUGAGAGCACUCAGGUGCAGUUACAGCUGCUGACGGCAAUCGUCAAGUUGUUCCUGAAAAAGCCCACCGAGACCCAGGAGCUGGUGCAGCAGGUGUUGAGUCUAGCCACACAGGACUCUGAUAACCCAGACCUCAGGGACCGCGGCUACAUCUACUGGCGUCUGCUCUCCACAGACCCCGUGGCCGCCAAGGAGGUGGUUCUGGCGGAGAAGCCCCUGAUCUCUGAGGAGACGGAUCUAAUUGAGCCCACGCUGCUGGAGGAGCUCAUCUGCCACAUUGGUACUCUGGCCUCUGUCUACCACAAGCCUCCCAGUGCUUUUGUUGAGGGCAGCCGUGGUGUUCAGCACAAGAGGCUCCCCGGCAGUGCUGGAUCUGGCGAGAGUGCUGAGAGCCCGGAUACAGGUUCUGCUACUGGAGCUACUGAGGCGCCUCCUGCUGUUAUCCCAUCCCAGGGAGACCUCCUCGGAGAUCUGCUUAAUCUGGACCUGACACCUCCUACCACCACCGGACCACCACCGCCCACCUCCUCUGGCAUGCAGAUGGGCGCUAUGGACCUCCUUGGCGGAGGACUGGACAGCCUGAUGGGGGAUGAGUCUGAGCCGCCGCCUAUUCCCCUGCGGACGGACACUCCUCAGUCACCUCAGCUCCCACAUCAGUCCCCAUCGCCCCCAGAUUACAGCCCCACUGAGCUUGGCGGAGACCUUGGAGGAAAUCCUGCUAUGGGGGCCGGUUUCGGUGCUGCUCCAGCUGUGAUGCCGGCCUCUUUCAAUGCCCCCGUUGGCGGCGGUCUGGAUGACCUGUUUGAUCUCGGAGGUGGAGUUGGUUUGCCUAUGGGAGCCUACAACCCCCCUAAAACAAUUUGGCUUCCGGCCAUGAAGGCCAAGGGUCUGGAGAUAACAGGCGUUUUUGUCCGCCGUGCUGGGGUCAUCCAAAUGGAGAUGACUCUCAAUAAUAAAGCCAUGAGUGUGAUGACUGAUUUUGCCAUCCAGUUUAACAGAAACAGCUUUGGUCUCGCUCCAGCUGGUCCCCUUCAGAUUCUCACUCCUCUUGGCCCAAACCAGAGUAUUGAAGCGGCCCUUCCCCUCAGCACUGUGGGACCUGUCAUGAAGAUGGAGCCGCUCAACAACCUGCAGGUGGCCGUUAAGAACAACAUUGACGUAUUCUACUUCAGCUGCCAGUACCCCAUCAGCAUGCUGUUUGUGGAGGACGGGAAGAUGGAGCGACAGGUGUUCCUCGCCACAUGGAAAGACAUUCCUAAUGACAACGAGGCCCAGUUUCAGAUCAAAGACUGCCAUCUCAACUCAGAUGCAGCGUCCAACAAACUGCAGAGUAGCAACAUCUUCACUAUAGCCAAGCGUACAGUGGAGGGUCAGGACAUGCUGUAUCAGUCCAUGAAGCUCACCAAUGGCAUCUGGGUGCUGGCUGAGCUGAGGGUGCAGACAGGAAACCCAAACUACACGAUCUCCCUGAAGUGCAGAGCUCCAGAGGUUUCCCAGUGUGUGUUCCAGAACUACGAGGCGGUGCUGAAGAACUGAAAGCCUCCCCACACCGACUCGGCCGCUGCCCUCAGACUCCUGGCACCUUCUCUCGCUUCCCCCUCCUCACCCAAGGACCAUAUUGUUGCAACCUAAUGCAGUGCAACUGCCACUUCCUGCUGCGUUGGCGCUCAUCGCUGGUUGUUUUUCUUUCCCAAGACUGCAGAAAGUCCUGGUUCAUUAUCCUGGUUUUCCAUAUCCUGUCUCCUCUUUCUAUGUUUCUGAUACAAAAAGAUUCAGUUCCAGGACAUUAUCGUAUAUAUUUUCUGAAUGAUCACUUUCACAUUGUCGGUCCACUCUGUGAUGGCCGGUAUUCUUUCCGGGACAGACUGCUGUAUUCCCGUGACUGUUUAUUUUUUAUUUUUUUUCCUGCGUGAGGCUUUUUAAUCAUUAUCAAGCCCCACUUCUCUCCCCACUUCUCUCCCCACUUCUCUUCAAAUCGGCAAUCAGCAGGUGAAUCAUCACUGUCUGCAUAUUUAUUUAGGGUACUUUCAAGUAAAAAAGGCUUUAACUUUCCUUCCCCCUGUGUGAAGUGGCUGUUUGGCCCGUAGAAAAGACUCAUAGAUACUUACAAACUACAUUAUUGUCCUCUUUGUCAUUUCCUAGUUUUCUUUAGUGUCUGUGGAUCUUCUGCUGUCCUGAGAGCAGGCUGUGUGCAUGGAAGCUGUUUGUUGGUGUGCCGCUCAUUAAUUUUUCCAUCAACAUCUGGACAUUUUAGAGACGAGCAGCAGUCCUCCACUGCCUGCACUCUUCAUUAGUCAUUCCAUGGUUUGAUUUGUGUGUGUGUGUGUGUGUGUGUGUGUGUGUAUGUGUGGACUUGUUGGCACGCUGAGAGAGAGCCUCAGGUGUUGAGGAUUUUUGAUUUGCUGCCGCCCCCCCCCCUCGCAGCCUCUCCAGUACCAUGCCACCUGAGAUGAAGGCUCAUGUGAGAUAACUCUAAACAUUCGAUGCCAUGGUUUGUAACACUUCUGAGUAAUAAGUAUACAUGUAGGUAGCACAGUGUCCCUGUUCUACCUGCAGACUUGACCAGAUUAAUUGGAUUCUUUUUUCCGAGUCAUUACACAGAAGCCCUUUUUAUCGGCUCUACAGGAUGUAUGCGCCCACGCUAACGGCUUGUUAAGAUUACAACAGAGGUGGCUGUGUAUCCUGAGCGUGUCUUUGUGUGUGGUGACGGCUGAUUCAUUUACAAUGCUGUAAAAGAAAUAAAAGAAUCUGAUGUUUAAUCAUAUUUUGAUUGACAUGAUUUUGUUCAUUGUGUGUACAUCAAAAAGAACUAUUAAAAGUCUUGAUAAAUUCA